GUGAUUGACUAUGGCUCCGCCUCCUUGUGUGUGUCGUUAGGGUGAGUGGCGGAGGCAGGCUGACGCCAUGGCGCUGUUCCGCACACUUUCUCUACCGACUUACUGGACUUCUUCGACUCGCUCUAACUAAACCGUUCGCGUUCACACACAGUUCGGAGUCUCGGGUUUUCACUCGUGUCCAUGGAUUUUUAUUUCGUAAGACGGAAGAGUUGUUUUUUGUGCGGUUUUCUCGGACAUGUUUUUGCUAACUGGAGUCAGGUGAAUGAAGCGGUUGUGUUUGUAAACUUUUAGCUUCUUCUGCUAGCUCAUAGUCUGAGAAAACGACACGAUACGGUGUGGAGAAAGUCUGUAAAGUAAACACUGACCUUUUAAAAGACGUUUUGUCAGCUGAAACACGUGUGCGUGUGUUCGGUUUGUACGUUUAUUCCGUGUUUUAGUGAGCAGGUAGCGCGAAGUUUGCACCUGUAACGUUAGCUAACGUUAGCACGCGAGCUAAUAAGUCCAUAGUGGCCUUUACAAAGCGGGUCUUGUGUGUGUUUAACUUUAGCGACAGUUAAGUGAAGUGAAAAAGCUUUAGUUUAUAGUACAGAUGUGACUGAUGUUUGUAACAGGACUCGUGUGUCACUGUUUCUAGGUUUGAGACGCUCUACAGUCUCAGGCUGGUUUAACGUGGUUUAGGGGCAAUGCGCAGACACAGACAGGUCAGAGUCAGACCCGUUAACGGAUAAGACGAAGACUGGUCCGCGUCCGCGCGCCCGUUUUCCCGGUGGUUAUUGCAUGUCUCGAGCGGUAACGCGACCCCAGUUUACAUUCAUUCUCCGCUCGGACAUCAGCGCAUCUUAUGGUGCCGCCGCAGACGCCGAGUCAUGGAUGUUCCCCGGGCCGUUUUCCCGAACGGUGAGGGGCGACUAGCGGAGCAUGGCUGGCCGGAGAGCUCCACUUCCUCCUCUUCUUCAUCCUCCGCAGCUGCCGGGAACUCUCGCGCGCACUCGGCACCGGCGCGCACGCGCUCGCUGUGGACUGCGGCGUACGACUACGAGGCGAGCGGCGAGGACGAGCUCAGCCUGCGGCGCGGUGACGUGGUCGAGGUGCUGUCCAAAGAUGCGGCCGUGUCAGGCGAUGAAGGCUGGUGGACCGGCAAGCUCAACCACCGCGUGGGGAUUUUCCCGUCUAACUACGUCACCUACCAACCGGCUGUGUACAGACCGGCGGCUGUGUCCUCACCAGCAUCUUCAGCUUCAUCCGCAUCACGAGAUCCUUUAAACAUUCCGUUCAGCGAGCUCGUGCUCGAGGAGAUCAUCGGCGUCGGCGGCUUUGGUAAAGUGUAUCGUGGCACAUGGCACGAGCAGGAGGUCGCCGUGAAGGCGGCGCGCCAGGACCCGGACGAGGACAUAACCGCCACCGCGGAAAGCGUCAAGCAGGAGGCCAAGCUGUUCUCCAUGCUGCGCCACCCCAGCAUUAUCCGGCUCGAGGGCGUGUGUCUGGAGGAGCCCAACCUGUGUCUGGUGAUGGAGUACGCGCAAGGAGGCACGCUGAACCGCGCGCUCACCGGCAGACGCAUCCCGCCACACAUCCUGGUCAACUGGGCCGUGCAGAUAGCUAAGGGCAUGCAGUACCUGCACGAGGAAGCCGCCGUGCCCAUCAUCCACCGUGAUCUAAAGUCCAGCAACAUUUUAAUACUUGAAAAAAUUGAGAACAAUGACAUUGGUAGGAAGACACUGAAGAUCACUGACUUUGGCUUGGCUAGAGAGUGGCACAAGACUACCAAAAUGAGUGCUGCGGGCACAUACUCAUGGAUGGCUCCUGAGGUCAUCAAAUCCUCUCUGUUCUCCAAAGGCAGUGAUGUAUGGAGUUAUGGGGUGCUUCUCUGGGAGCUGCUGACAGGAGAGGUUCCAUACCGUGGUAUUGAUGGUUUGGCAGUAGCCUAUGGAGUAGCUGUCAACAAGUUAACCCUCCCCAUUCCAUCCACCUGCCCUGAGCCUUUUGCUAAGCUCAUGGAAGAAUGCUGGGAGCAGGAUCCCCACAUCCGACCGAUGUUUGCCACCAUCCUGGAGCAGUUAACUGCCAUAGAGGAGGCUGUGAUGGCCACCAUGCCACAGGACUCUUUCCACUCCAUGCAGGAGGACUGGAGGGUGGAGAUCCAGGAGAUGUUUGAUGAGCUACGAACGAAAGAGAAGGAGCUGCGCUCUCGCGAGGAGGAACUGAUGCGGGCGGCACUGCAACAGAAAUCUCACGAGGAACUGCUGAAAAGGAGAGAGCAACAGCUUGCUGAGAGAGAGAUCAAUGUGCUGGAGCGUGAGCUCAACAUCCUCAUCUUCCAGCUAAACAAGGACAAGCCCAAUGUCAAGAAGAGGAAGGGCAAGUUUAAGCGCAGUCGCCUCAAGCUGAAGGACGGCAACCGCAUCAGCUUGCCAUCAGAUUUUCAGCACAAGAUCACAGUGCAGGCUUCACCAUCGAUGGAGAAGAGGAGGAGUUUGAACAGCACCAGUUCCAGCCCUCCCAGCAGCCCCACACUAAUCCCUCGCCUCCGGGCAAUUCAGUUGAUCCAUUCCUGUGACUCUACACAAAGGAACAGUAUAUAUGUGUAUCACCAAGAUGUGGAUAUCACAAACGAGUGUAAACCUUGUACAGGGAGGAAAGUGACUCUGGAUGAGAGCAACAGGACAUGGGGCAGGAGCACCAUCUAUAAGCCUGAGGAGUUUGAAGAUGCUAGGAAGGGAAUAAAGAAGAAGGUUCGCACAUGGGGUCCGAGCUCCAUUCAGACUAAAGAGAGAAGAAACAGCGCUGAAAGAGUUCGGCCCCUCUCAGAUGGGAACAAUCCUUGGUCCACUACUCCACUGAAAUCCCAGAAAUCUGUUCCACUGGCUGCAUUAUUUGCCGAACAGGGCACGGCUAAAGAUGAAACAAGCUCUCUCGACAGUUCAGACAGCAAACCAAAGCAACUCAAGUUCCCCAAUCAGGUCUACAUUGAUCUACCUCUGUGGAAGGACGAGCAGAGCGAGGUACCUGGGGUCAGUGUAGGGGGUGGGACAGAGAGCCAGGAAGAGCCGGCCACAUCCACCAGUUCAACAAGUACAACACCUCAACACACACCCACCAACAGUCUGAAGCGUGCAGGUGGGCGCCGCCGCACAGACACUGUGCUGCACAGCUGUGCCUCACUCCUAGCCGCUGUGGCUCUGGGACUGGACCUGCGUGAUGCCCAUAAGGCCACGCCUACUGAUGAGGUGGAGCCUCGAGAAGACCGGAAGAAGCGGGAAGGCCUGUUUCAACGUGCCACGCGUUUCCGACGCAGUUCCAGCCCACGCAGGGACGACAACCUGCUGGUCAUGUCUUCAAUCUCAGAGUGCAACUCCACUAAGUGUCUCCUUCACCCAGACUCUGAGAGUCUCGAACGUAGCCCUGUAACUGAGGCACCAGUCAAUGGCUUUGGAUUCUACAAUAUCAGCCAGAGCAGCAGAAAUGUGAACAGAACUGAUCUGUGCCCUCCUAUAGUACCAGAUCAUGGCACCAACUCUGGGUCCCGUCUCAGGAGGAAGAAAUCCAGUCCUGCUGUCUGUCAGAAUACAGCUGGCACAAACUGUUCCAUGUCUAAUGCUGCUGCUGAAGUCCCUAUAGUGGCAUCCUUACAGAAAAAGAAAGAGAGCAGCCAAGAAAAGCAGAGUGCUUCAGACUCCCUCUCCAGGCCCAGGCCGUUGUCUCUGCGAGUCAAACCUCACUGCUGGGGACUACUGAGGAGCAGAAACAAGAGCUAUUCUCUAGGUCACUGCUCUGGAGAGAAGACUGCGCAGAGCCUGGGCAUCAUGCUGUCUCCUGAGGUCAAAAUGGGCUGCUCUCUCUUAGACGUGGACACUGAGGGACAGAAACGUGACUGCACCGUCCCCCUUUGCCGAAUCCAGAGCACACCAAGUCGCCCGUCUGCCUUUGAACUGGAAAAGGAGUUCUUUUCUUGAAAUGAGCCUCCUCUCCUCUCGCCUCCCUUCCUUUCCUCUCCUCUCGCCUCUCUUCACCUCCCUUCCUCUCCUCUCCUCUCACCUCUCUUCCUCUCUUCACCUCUCUUCCUUUCCUGCCCUCUCGCCUCUCUUCCUUUCCUGCCCUCUCGCCUCCCUUCCUUUUCUUUCCUCUGACCUCCCUUCCUCACCUCUAACCUCCUCUCCUCGCCUCCUCUCCUCUCCUGUGUACAGGACUCGCAAAACAUUGUGGCAUCCAUGCCCAAUCUAUUGCUGCUGGAGUUGUCGUGUUGUAUGUUUUGUUUGUUUGUUUGUUUUUGUUUUUUAUUUAUAUUCAGUUUAUUUUGAUAAGUAAUUUAAUAUGAAAGGACAUAUGAGCAAAAUGAUCAGCAUUCCGUUUUACUGUAGAAUGGCCAGUGCGUAGCCGAUUAUGUUUUUACACUACCACGUGCACAUUCCAUGUUUUUUAAAAAAAAAAAAAAAAGUCGGCAUAUUACUGUACUUUAAAAUUUUGUAGGUGUUAAUUUUAUUUGUAUUAGAAACAAAGUUGUUUAUUGAACUGCGAUAAUCCUGGAUAUUAGAGUUUAUUCUGAAUUUAUAUAGAAUGAAAAUGUGUGGAAUUUUUUUUUCUUUUAUAAAAUAUAUAAUACUGCAGGUUUUUGCCUCCUGGUUGAUCGGAAUAUAGAGAGACAUUGCUGUAUGGUGCAGAUAUGAGCGAACGUGGAAUCGGGCAUCUUUAUUUAAAAUGUUAGUUCCCUGAGGAAGUCACAUGGGUCAUGAAACCUAGUGACUUCCUCUCCAUUGCUUGCUCAGUAUCUGUAACAUUUACACUUUUUAACAGUGAGUAAAACAGUGCAGUCAGUA